GAAGGAGGGCACCUUUCACAACCUUUGUGCCGUCUCCGAGCCCGCGCUCUCUUUUCCGCCGCUCCACGCGGCGUCCAUCGCAGCCACCUCCCGUUUCUUCCAGAGCCACUAUUGCUACCAUCGUCCACUGAGUCGUUCGACCUCUCCUCAUCGAGUCGCGUCAACAAAGCCUAUCUUUUCUUGUCUUAGCGUUGUUGUUUGUUUGUUCUUCCUCCAGUUGAUAAGAAGGCGGUCAAUAGAACGGAGCAUGGCGGCAUUGCUGACGACGAACCCCAUCUUGUCGUCGACCGAUGUGGUUUCGCCUCUUAGAUCUCCGCUGAAGCCAUUUCGCCCGGCACCUGACUCCUGCCUAAGGACUACAAGAUGGAGAUCUCCAAAAGCUGCUGUCAUUCCCAAUUUUCACCUUCCAAUGCGCAGCCUAGAAGUUAAGAAUAGGACAUCAGUUGAUGAUAUUAAAGGCUUAAGAUUAAUCACAGCCAUUAAGACUCCAUAUCUACCUGAUGGGAGAUUUGACCUUGAAGCUUAUGACUCCUUAAUGCACAUGCAGAUUGUCAAUGGUGCUGAAGGUGUAAUAGUGGGAGGUACAACGGGAGAAGGCCAACUCAUGAGCUGGGAUGAACACAUUAUGCUCAUUGGACACACUGUUAACUGUUUUGGUGCAUCAGUCAAAGUUAUAGGUAAUACUGGAAGCAACUCGACGAGAGAGGCAAUCCAUGCAACAGAACAAGGCUUUGCUGUAGGAAUGCAUGCUGCAUUACACAUCAAUCCUUAUUAUGGGAAGACAUCCAUGCAAGGAAUGGUGUCACAUUUUGAGACUAUCCUUUCCAUGGGCCCGACAAUCAUAUACAAUGUGCCAUCAAGGACUGGACAGGAUAUUCCUCCUCCAGUGAUACAUACAGUCUCAGCAAAUCCUAACAUGGCAGGUGUUAAGGAGUGCAUGGGAAAUGAUCGCAUCAAAGAUUAUGUAAAUAAAGGAGUUGCAAUAUGGAGUGGAAAUGAUGAUGAGUGUCACGAUGCUAGGUGGGCAUCUGGAGCAACAGGGGUUAUAUCUGUUGCUAGCAACCUUGUUCCAGGUCUGAUGCAUGAGAUCAUGUUUCAAGGCAAGAAUCCUUUAUUGAACUCAAAGUUGAUGCCUCUUAUUAAAUGGUUGUUCCAGGAGCCAAACCCUAUAGGUCUCAAUACAGCUCUUGCGCAGCUUGGCGUGAUUCGGCCAGUAUUCAGGUUGCCAUAUGUUCCUCUUCCUCUUGCGAGGAGACUUGAAUUUGUUGGUAUUGUGGAAGCACUUGGGCGUGAGAAUUUUGUGGGAGAAAAAGAUGUAGAGGUUCUUGAUGAUGAUGACUUUGUUUUGGUAGGUAGGUACUAGUUCACGGUUUAUGCCAAGCUUGGAACAUUGAUUUUUUUUUUUCUGAUAACCUGUAAUGGGGUUCUAAGUUCUACGUGUGAUUGUGGUCGGUGCUUGAACACGCUAGAGGUGGAGCAGUAGUUAUUGAUGUUGAUAUUUCCUUCGGAACAAGAGUUAUCUACUUUAAUGAGAUAUUUUUUUCACCA